AUGCAAAAACAAAGACCCGCUAGCUAUUGUCCUGCCGCUCGUUCAGAAAUGAAAUUUAGAAAUAGCUAUCCCGGAAACUAUAAUGCAAAACGACUUUCACUUAACAUCCUUUGUAAUCUUAAACCACAAGUUGAUGUUGAAAAAAUUAAGUUGAAUUAUCGACGCCUCUCAAACACAUCAAAAACAUCUUUGUCAUCUCUUGAUUCCGGCGUAGGAUUCUCCAAGGUUGAUUAUGAAAUACAAAGGGCGUUAAGAGCUCAGAGAGUACAGCGACCUCAUAUAAUUGUACUUCACAAGGGAAAACCGAUCUCCAAGAAUUUAGAUAAUUACGAUGAAUUCGAGGCAAACAUCGUUGUAGCCGCUGCCACUGCAUCAAAACGAAACCGUCGAGAAAUUUCUGUCAUGCAAAAGCGUCGAACAAUAGAUUUCAGUGCGAACAUUUCAAGCGUCGGAAAAUUGGAUCAUCUCCAAGGUUUAAAAAGUAGCAGUGCACCUAAUUUAACCAUCAUUAAACCACCAUCAAAGAUAUUUCAAGGUCAAGAAGAGGAGCGAGAAAAUGAAGUAAAAGAAGAAAAAAAACCAAAGAGAUAUUCGAUCAUGCCUAAACAUAAAUUAACGUUUAAGGCCCUUUCUGUAACGAUAAAGAAAUUUAUGGGAAUCAAAACCGAGACAAAGAAGCGAA